GAAAUUGCCCUUUUUUUUUUCUUUAAAUUUUGGUAUGCCAGCGCCGCAUUACCAAACUUCCAUAACCGUUUCUUAGACAAGAUCCAGGUAGUCUGCCGAAAUAACCGUUUGGCGUGUAUCGAAUGAAAACAAUUCCAAAGGAACGCAAUCCGAGGUUCUUCGUGGAAACCCCUAUGAGAACUUUUGAAUGUUUGUUUAUUUUUCACAUUUAAUUCCUUACAAUUGUUGCUGCAAAACUUUGUGAGGCAUUGGAACAACAUUCUUCACCAUUAUGCAUAUCGGUGGUCAAGAUCUGACCGUCAUGGGGAAGAUAACAAUGGCGAAGAAGAAGAAGAACACGAUCAUGGUCACACCAUUGAUGAUGGUAAUGAUGACGAUGUAUGUAUUUGUUGGAGAUGCAGCUGAUACAAACAGUGUUUAUGAUCCAUGCUCAGAUGCAAAAAUCCAGAGAUUAGAUGGGUUUACUUUUGGCCUUGCAUUUUCAAAAAAAGACAAGUUCUUCUUUAAUCAGACUCAACUUUCUCCGUGUGACAAGCGGCUUUCGCUCACCGGAAAUGAUGCCCAGCUUGCUGUGUUUAGGCCUAAAGUUGAUGAGAUGUCUUUCCUAAGCAUCAACAACAGCACCUUCAGUCAGAUCAAGGCUGGUGUGUACAUGGUAGCUUUUGCCGGACGGAAGUAUGCAGCAAGAUCACCCCCAAUAUUGGUUGCUGAUGACUCACACACCAUAACAAGCUUCACCUUGGUACUUGAAUUUGAAAGGGGGACUCUUCUUAAUUUGUAUUGGAAGAAAUUCGGGUGCAAGGCAUGCUCCGGGGACUAUUCUGUGUGCCUCAACGAUGAAGAUUGUGCUGUUCCAAAUUCAAAAUGUCAAGGCAGUGGUGGAUCUUUUGACUGCAACCUAAGCAUACAGUUGACCUUCUCAGGAACAGACAAGCAUCUUCAAGUUCUUAACUCCUGGUAUGAGGUGAAAAAUCUUCGGAAGUACUCACUCUAUGCCCUAUUCUCCAAUCUUCUGCAGUAACAAUGCAACUGAAUAUGUGGUGAUGGGUUCAAGCUUGCAAGCUUGAAAGUGGUGGUUGUAUCGAAGUGUUUCGUCAAAUGGUGUCUGAGUGCUUGUAUGAUAGAUAUUUACCGGUUCACAGUUUCUGGGCGCUAAAUAGUUAGACCUAUGUGCGACGUCUUGCUUGCUACUCCCCGAGUAAAGAGGGCCUAGAAUCCAAAAACCUCCAUGCUCUAAUGGAUAAGGGAUUUGUAACCCAGUUUUACAACCUGAUAAGUUAACAAAUUUAGUCAUUACUUCA